AUUGUUUUUUUGUUUGCGUGGCUGUUAUCUUUGUAACGAGCACACGUUUGGACUUCUGAGAGUGCGGAGAUAAAAGUGAUGGAGUGAUUGCAGAGACUGAGCUCCCUGAAGAGGACAUUCAUUUCUCUGGAGCGACUGGUAUCAUAACGCCAGUGUGAGGGAGCGCGACUGAUCAGCAGCCCUGAGAAACGGAUACUUACCUGCCCAACAAAUGAGUGCCAGGAUACACAAAGAAUUGCCGCUUUCUUUGUCCUCUUGCAGUGGAAACAGGAACUUUUCUCACGCCAAUGGCACCUGCGUAACCGAAGUGGGAAAGUUAAUGUACUCCUUCUCCGCCACUGUGGUUCUUAUCGUGCUGGUGACGCUGAUCGUCGGUGUGAUUGCCGUCUCCCUGAUCACCUUUCACUUCCACAAAAGCAAGAUGAAGAAGCGGAAGAUGCAGAGGGCUCAGGAGGAGUACGAGCGCGAUCACUGCAGCCCCGUGGCGCGGAGUGGUUCCUCGCCCAAGGGAGUGGGUGUGAUGGGGAGCCCAGUUUGCCAGGCGGCUGCAGUCUCUCUGUCCCCCACACACACAGUGGACUCCUCAAGCCGCCUGGACCCAGAAGAAUCCGAAUCGGACCUUCACUGUACAGACACUGCGAGGAACCCCGUGUUCCAAUCUGUGCUUUUGUAAUGAACUACCGCCUGACUGCAGAUUACAACAAACCAUUGUGAUAAAUACUUGAACACUGCAUAGUUUCAAGAAAA